UGUGCCCACCCCCAGCGAGAGAGAGGCAGGCUCCCCGUCGCGUGGCGCUGUGCUCAGUGUGAGGGGAGGCUAGUGCCCUGCCAGGCAGCACCCUCACUGGCAGCCCUGCUCUCCAGCCUUGGCUCUCACCCAGCACCAUGGAGGCAUCUCUUUGCAGGUCCUGGCAGCUCCUGGGGACAUUCGUGUUUGUGCUGCUGCCAAUGGGGGCUCUUGAGAGCUGUAAGGAGCCACCUAACAUUCCUCAUGCUUUCCAAAAGAAUUACGUUGGCCAAUUGAUUCCACCUGGGACCGUGGUGAUGUAUGGCUGCCACAGGGGUUACGAGUUCAUCAAUGGAAUCACCCAGGGGCGUGUUACUUGUCUGCAAAAUUUUACGUGGUCUGAAGUACCAAACUUUUGUCAGAGAGUUCAGUGUCCACCUCCACAAAUUGCAAAUGGAACGUAUGCGCCGCUGCCGAAAGCUGGAGAAGAGAAAUACGCAUAUGAAGAUGCUGUUACCAUUGAAUGCGAUGCCGGGUAUGGCGUCAAUGGCUCUACUCAGAUUCGCUGCAGACACGAUGGCUUUUGGGAUCCCAGAAUACCUGAGUGUGUUCCAGGUUGUGGGUCACCCCCACGUGUUGAAAACGGGCAGCACAGCCACCCAGGCAGGGGAUAUUUCUCUACUGGAUCCUCGGUGACAUACAGAUGUCUCAAAGGUUACAAGCUUGAGGGAGAGGCCUCCAUUCACUGCGAGACUGGUGAUGAUGAAGCUGCUGCAUGGAGCGGCCCUGUCCCGCAGUGUGCAGCGGUUCAGUGUCCAGCCCCACGUGUUGAGAACGGAAGACUGAAAUCUCCACUCAGCCAGAAUUAUAUCUAUAAGAGCAACAUCACGUUUGAAUGUGAUCCUGGGUAUGUCAUUAGGGGGAGCGAAAUGAUUUGGUGCCAAUCUGACACUAGGUGGAGUCCUCAGCCACCAGUUUGUAGCCUGGGUAGCUGCUUCUACCCCCCAGUCAUUGACAAUACUAACCAGGUUCCUCGAAAAGAGUUCCCGGUAGGGUCUGCAGUCACCUACUCCUGCAGACCCGGUUACGCCUUGAUCCCUGGAGUAAUUCCCAGGAUUACUUGUCUUAGCAAUUUCACAUGGUCCAAAGUCCCGGAGUUUUGUGAGAAGCUGUACUGUCCAAACCCAACCAUUGAGAAUGGAGAACUGAUCUCGGCCAGUAGAAAGGAACACACGUUUGGAAACCGUGUCGACUUUAACUGCCAUUUCGGCUACGUCGUCAGAGGCAGUUCCUCGGUUCACUGUGGGGGUGAUGGGACCUGGCAUCCUCCACUGCCCUUCUGUGAUAAAGUCUGUGGCCCACCUCCAGCUAUCACCAAAGGCAAGCACUCUGGCAUCGGCCAGGGGCAUUACUCUUAUGGAUCAAAAGUCACGUACAGCUGUGCUGAGGGCUUAUCCCUGAUUGGAGAGUCUUCCAUCUACUGUACAUCAGACAAUGGGGUAAAUGUGACCUGGAGUGGCCCUGCCCCACAGUGCAAACUUGUUCGCUGCCCCAUGCCAGUGGUUCACAAUGGAAGGACAAUCAGUAACAGAACUGCUUUUCUGUAUGGAGCCACCGUGCAGUUUUCUUGCAACAAAGGCUACAGGAUGUAUGGCAAUGCAGAAAGUUGGUGCCAGGAAGACAGUACAUGGGAUUCUCCUGCGCCAACUUGUCAGCCAGUCCAGUGCCCAAAGCCAAAAGUGGAAAAUGGAAGAAUGGUCAACCCCACGAGUGAAAAACCGUGGUACAAAGUGAAUGAAACAGUCUCUUUCAAGUGCUCUCCGGGAUACCAAUUUUCAGGCCAUUGGUACCUGCCUGUAACUGAUACUUGGAAAGUUACCUGUUCUGCAGAUGGCAACUGGACAACGUUCCCCACGUGUAGAAAGCAAGGCAGUUCUGCCAUGUGUGAUGUGGUACUUGACAGCAGAGCUGCUCUGCAGUGCGGUGUGCCCCUGGUGCAACUGAAGUCCCUGCUGGAAGUCCAGAAACUGUAUCUGGAGAUUGAGAAGCUGAAGCGGGAGAUAAAAAAACUAGGAUAAAUACCUGAAACUUGCACCCAAGUCAUAACACACUGAGCCUUCUUGGGAUAUAGUUUGUAUAACUGCAGUGUCCAUAGGAGGAUGGGAACUGAUUUCAUAGUACGUGUUAGUGCACCCAGUAGGCUGAGGAAGAUUAGCCAGUAGCUGAGGGAGCAGAUUAUAUUGAGCCGAAUGCCAGUAGUUUAGAGUUUUCUGCUUUUCUGACUCUCCUGCUUUCCUGACUCUCCUGCUAGUGAAGUGAAGUCCAUACUCAUGAACUAGGUAUUUCAGGUUGUGCGGUGAGUUUUUUGUGUGGAAUAGUAAAUAGAGUCAAACUCAGAUCAUUUGUUCAUCUAGGAAAACGUACCAAGCAAGGAGAACCUGGAUUGAAUUGCAGGAAAGUAAACAUGCAGGUGAGAUGAGCUUUGGACCCUCCUUAGAUGGAGGUUUACAUUGGCCAACCUCAGUCCUGCGGAUGGCCCAGAAUUCCUGUAUGCUCAGCGUAACCAUAUAUAUUCAAUGCUUUUUGACAUGCAUAUGGGAAAUAAUAGGGAGUGUGUGUUUGACUCUCUGAUUUCUGCUAGCCUUCAAUAAAGUUUUGGGCACCA